AGAGAGUGUACAGCUCCACUUUGAGUUCAUCUCUCUGGGUCACACGACCGCACGUUGGAUCUCCUCUAAUUGAACUCUUCCCGUUCCUCCAGUGCGCCUUCCUCCUCGCCAUGUCUGAGUCCCUCUUCGUCGGUGUUGACGUGGGCAGUGGCAGCGCCAGGGCUGGACUCUUCAGUGCCUCCGGACACUCUCUGGCCACCUUCUCUGCGGGAAUUCCCACCUGGAGCCCACUCGAGGACCACUACGAACAGUCCUCGGAGGAGAUCUGGAGCGCUGUUCGCCAAUGUGUAAAAAGAGUUGUGGAGCAGAGGCCGCCAGAGUCAAUUCGCGGCAUUGGAUUCACAGCCACUUGUUCUCUAGUAGCUCUGGACAGUGCAGACAAACCACUAUCGGUGUGCUUAGAUGGCGUGGACAAGAGGAAUAUCAUCAUGUGGAUGGACCAUCGAGCUGUUCAGGAGGCCAACGACAUCAAUGCGCAGAAGCAUGAGUUGCUGAGCUUUGUCGGUGGGCGCGUUUCUGCAGAGAUGGAGUGCCCGAAGAUACUCUGGCUAAAGAGGAACGCCCCCGAAGACUUCUGGGAGAGAGUCGGGAAGUUCAUAGAGCUGCCGGACUUCCUCACCUUCAAGAGCACUGGGAACACUUCAAGAUCUCUCUGUUCCGUUGUCUGCAAAUGGAACUACGAUGGUCAGAAGCAGUGCUGGGACUCACAAUUCCUCAAUUCUGCCUCCUUAUUCGAUCUGAAUGGCCGUGAUUUCAUCUCUCUCGCCGGGGAGAAUGUCCAAAGCCCUGGAGCAAGUGUUGGCAAUGGAUUAACUGCUGCUGCAGCUAAAGAUUUGGGACUGCUAGAAGGCACUCCUGUUGGAACGUCAGUCAUUGACGCCUACGCUGGUGCUCUGGCCCUCCUGGGAGCCGAAACUGACCAAGGAAUCCAGCUGGAAGAGAAGAUUGCUCUCAUCUGUGGCACCUCCACAUGCCACAUUUGCGUGGCGCCAGGAAUGGAGCUGGUGGACGGAGUUUGGGGACCCUACAAAGACGUCCUGUUCAGCGGAAUGUAUGCUCACGAGGCAGGACAAAGCGCCACUGGGAAGCUUUUGGAUGAUCUUCUCUACUCCCAUCCGUCCUUCACGAAAAUCUGCCAGGAAAUAAACUCCAGAGAGCUCAAAGACGUCUAUGAGCACUUGAAUGUCCUCCUGGCCAAGAUGAGUGCCCAGAAAAGCGUGCCUUUGCACGAACUCACUGCGGAUCUUCACGUCUGCCCAGACUUUCAUGGGAAUCGCUCACCAAUAGCCGAUCCCACGCGUCGAGGGAUGAUUUCUGGCCUCACUCUCAAUCAUGAGCCCACGGAUCUCGCUCUCCUCUAUCUGGCCACAGUUCAGGCUCUGGCAUACGGCACCAAACAAAUUUUGGUGCAGUUUUCUCGCCAGUUCCGCGCCAUUCUCAUCUGUGGCGGUCUCAGUCUCAAUCCAGUCUAUGUGGAAGCUCAUGCUGAUAUCUGCCAAAUUCCUGUCUUCGUUCCCAGUGAGCCAGAGAGCGUUCUUCUCGGUGCCAGCAUUCUGGGAGCGCGUGCAGCUGGAUUGUAUCCCAGUCUGCCCGAGGCAGCGGCCAAAAUGGGCGGGAAAACCCAAAGGAUCGAACCGAAAAAGGCCACCAUCAGUUACCAUGCUAAGAAAUUCAGGGUAUUCGAAAAGCUCCUCAAGGAUCAGGCAGAAUAUAGGCAGAUUAUGACGUCUCAGUGACUCUUGACUAGAUUUUUAAUGUGAACACCAUUCCCAGGUAAAGAGCAAUAAAUGGAGAUUAUGUGA